CGGAGUGAUCUGAUACGGACUCCACCCAGCCGCUGCCUCACUGCCCUGGCUUUCUUUGCUGCCCCAGCCUUGACGUUGGUUAACGUCGAAGUGCGGCUUAGAUUGGAGACUCUUACAUUCGCCUGUAGGUUUUCUCCCAGUUUGGCCGUCCGCUUGUCUGGCAACCGUUCUUCCGAAGCUGUAGGGAUUUUUAAUAAAAGCAUCAAUUUCUUGAAUAUGUCUUGGCAAAGCUACGUGGACAACCUGAUGGCCGAUGGCAGCUGUCAGGAUAGCGCCAUUGUUGGCUACACGGACGCCAAAUAUGUUUGGGCAGCACAUGCCGGUGGUACUUUCAACAAUAUCACGUCUCAAGAAAUAGAUGUCCUUAUCGGCAAGGAUAGGGAGACCUUUUACACCAGCGGUCUCACUCUGGGUUCAAAGAAGUGUUCAGUCCUCAGAGACAGCCUCCAUGAUGACGGGGACUGGACAAUGGACAUCAGGACAAAGAGCCAAGGAGGAGAACCUACAUACAAUGUCUCUGUGGGAAGAGCUGGAAAAGUAUUGGUUAUAGUCAUGGGAAAGGAGGCGAUCCAUGGUGGAAAUCUUAACAAGAAAGCACAUACAAUGGCUGACUACCUGAGGAAGUCUGGAUAUUAAGCAACCUCUCCACCCAUCCAUCUACUUAGCAGCUCACUCCCACCCGACUGCAUUGUGUUGACACUACUUCCAGGAUAGAUGCAAUGUUACUUCCUCCCCAGUCUACUUUUAUAAACGGCCUUUUGUUUGCUUAACUCCUUCCACACUCCCCCAUUUUCUUUCGAUAUAUAUUUUUUUUAUAUAAAGCUUCCCCACUUUAACAUUGUACUUCUCAUGUUUCUGGCACUACAGCAAUGGCAUGUUCAUUGAAAUGUUCAUUAUCCAAAAGUGUGCAAAAAAAAUUGCAAAAUGUAAUAAAAGUGUAAAAUAAAUUUGGACUUGCGUUGUAUAACGUUCACUUAGCAACAGCAACUGGCUAAUAUUCCAAGGGGAAGUACACAUGUAAUGGUGGUGAUAGUUUGCAUAGUUUUGCUUUGUGAGCAUAACUAAAAGAUGCCAGGUUAUGCUUUUUUUCCAUCAGCAUGUGGGCAUUUAAAAGUUGCAUGCAUACCCUCUUUAGUAUACAGACCCCAGCCCUCCCCCCUCCCCCUCUCUCUCCCUGCGUAAUAUUCCAGCCAAAACCAUCUUCAAGUCUUCAAGCCUCCAUUAAAGAAAUGACAAAUUUCCUCUGACAAAAAAGUCCUGUAUGUGUGUACCGAUUCGCCACCCUCAAGCACAAUGUCCUUUACCCUCCAUCACAUGCUUUUGCUGUUGUACCUGAAUGUGGUCUUAAAAGUUAAUGAUGUGGUGUUGGGCUGUUGUUUGAGUGUCGUGUUAAGGUCGCCAUCGCUGAGUUCUCAAGAUCUUGUCAUGAUACUUCACCCCAUGCUGGAGUCUCAGUGGACAUUCCACCUCUGUGACAGCUCGGUCAUUUGUCAUUCAGCUAUUUGUAAAUUUUUCUGUAAAUCACUACACACCUGUUAUGUGCAGUUAAUUUUUUUUUCCCCCCUCCCCAUCCCCUUUGGACCAAUUGUCAAUCUCAGAGGAUUAUCAGAAUUGUUUCAUCUUAUUCUGAUGGAUGAUUGUUGGCAUUUCCUGUUGACUGUAAAUCAUGAGAACUUCAGAUGACUGUAAAACAUUUAACUGCUUCCGUAGACUUCAACACUACUUAAACUUUUCAUCACUAAUUGAUUUGUCGCUAACUUCAUGUCCAUUAACCAAUGAAACGGCAAUGUCAUUUUACUACAGUAUGAAUGCAUUUUGACUGUAACCUGAGGCUGUUGGGCUCCGACACCUUGGAAUUAUUUGCCUUGUGCUUUAGUCAUCAAAGGUGUAUUCACAAAUUGUCAUAGUACGGUACUUAGAAGUAUAUUUAAAAGAAAAAAAUGAUGCUGUGUACACUAAACAUAUUGAAAAUGGUGUUGGUUGGAAUAAGAACAUUUGUAAGUUGUCUUGUGAAAAUUUUCUGAGAAUAACUGUGUAUUCUGUGCCAUAAAAAUUGAUCUGAUCUGUUGCUACUACGAGUUGGAAUUUUUAACUGCUGCCCCAGCAAGAAGUAACUUUUAAUGGCACUUUCCUAAGGGAUAUUUUGGCAUCAGUAAUCUCCAGACUUUGUGGAAUAUGUACAGAAUUAAACAACAGAAAAAGAA